GGGGUUUCCAAAAACGGCGAGCGGAAUGGUAGAUAUCACAGACGUCGUUUCAUGAUGUUCGCAAUUGUUACCGGAUGGGAGCUACGGUUUGUUUGAUGUGGGAGGUGGACCUAUCGGCGAUGGAUCUUCUGCACUGCCUCGUUCUCAUGAUCGGCUGUCACGGCCGAAUCUGACGGGUGAUAGUUUCGGUUUUCUACGAAAGUGCAAAACGCACAGCUCGGGAAGCAGAAAUAUGGUAGAACAUGGCCUUGGCAACAGUCUCCUAUGGUAUCAUGAUGUUUUACCGGCUUUUCUGGCCACUCUUGGCUCUGAUUUCUAUGACAUCCGCUUCGCAGGCGUUGUCCGCUCAAACCCACGGAGUGUAUCUUGGCUUCGAUCAGGAUAUGUAUAUAAGACUCUCUCAUCAUCGUCUAGAGACUUAUAUUUUCUACAUCAGCAAGCCUCAGAUUCCAUUUAAUACUCAUCGUCUUUCUCGACCAUUCACCUUUAAUCAACUUAUUCUACAUUAAUAUCCUUGCUGGUUCAAGAUGCAUUCCUACUCUCUCCUCGCAGUUGCCCUUCUCGCAGUCUCCGACCUCGUGGCAGGCCACGGUGCAAUUGUCUCAGCAACCGGUGACCAAGGUGGCACUGGCUCUGCUAUUGGCAUUGACCCUGCCACCCCCCGCGACGGCACUCGACGCAACCCCUUUCAGCAGGAUACCACGCGCUUCAGAGGCAAUGCCGCUAAUGCCUGUGGCGAGACUCUUGCUGGCGGCGACAACGACGCCGAGGCCGGUACUGCUGCUGUGAUGCAGCUCUCCGGAGACCAGCUCCCUCAGAUCAGUCCGGGCGGUCAGGUAUCCAUGACCCUUCAUCAGGUCAACGGCGACGGCGCUGGGCCAUACACGUGCAUGAUUGAUGCCACGGGCACCGGCACCAACUGGGUCAAUAUGCAGGUCACCACCAAUGUUCCGGGGAGAAGGGGAAAUGACCGGAAUGGCGCAGAGACUGAUUUCCCACUUGUUGCGAAUGUCGCAGCUACUCAGACUUGCACCGGAACAGUUGCUGGGCAGGAGAAUGUGUGUAUGGUCCGUUGCCAAAAUCCGGCUCGAGCAGGUCCAUUUGGGGGUUGUGUUCCGGUGCAGAUGGCUGGUGCAGCAGGCAAUGCCACAGACGCUGCUGCUGCUGUUGGCACUGCUGCUAAUGCUGCGGGUGCCGCUGUUGGUGGUUCUGGUGAUGCUUCUGCCGCCACGGUGGCAGUUACUGCCACUGCCGCUGCAGCAACUGGUACUCAACUUGUAAACUCGGCGAAGUUCCGUAGGGUGACUGCUGAAGUUGAAGAGGAUGACGAAGAAUUUGAUGAGGAGUGGGAUAUUUGAGAGGUUUUUUUGUUUUGUUUUUGCAAACAUGGCUGUAAUCUAGAAUUAUUAGCACGCGCUGGGCGCAAGUAUAUGUUGGCAAAACUAUUGUGAUCUAUAAAACAC